CCUAGCCUUCCCGUUCUCACUCUCUUUGGCCUUCCCUUUGUUACAUCCCUCACCGUCCGGUGAAGGUGCCGCACAGAACCGACGAAUCUUUUGUCGCCGGUGGCUUUCCUAAGCGCUGUCCAAGUUUGGGGGCCAAGAAAUUUGAAAAUGAGAGUGCUCUGUUUUAUUGAUCGCUGUGUGGCGUCAGAUCUAUGCUUCAGGCUCCGAUCGGUGGAACCACGGCGCCGGACUGUUCCUGGAGGACAGAUCUGACGCCAUUGACUGCCGGAUCUGUUUCUCAAGGUGCCAGUGGGGAGCUUGGAUCCGUCCUGGGAGCCAGGAUCCAAGUUGCUGUCCUUCAUUUUCUUGGACUGUUCUAAUCACUCGAUCUUAGACCUUCCUCUGGUGGAAGGUAAUAAUGCCAUUUCAUAUUCUGAUUCAAGAGAGGCAACAAACAAGUGAUGCAGAGUUAGCCCUUUCAUUAGUUACUUUGGAAUCACCAGAUCUUAUCUCAAUUGCAGGUCAAUAGGAAGAAGACUCAAGGUCAUUUCCCUGACUGAACAGUAAAUUAUUGUUAAUGUA